UUAACGCUUGCCGAGUCUACAAUUACCUUCUUUUUUUUUGCCAUUUGCAAUUUCUUGUGUCCUUGUGCCUAGUCCUGUGGCUGGCUAGCUUCCURCUGUCACACAUUGCUAGUUGGCCAUCCUACUUUCAAGUGUCUCUUGCCGCUGCAAAUAACAACAUACACGUCUCAUUUUACAUAUAUUAUUUCUCCAUAGUUUACAUGACUCGCUCGUGGUACUCAUUAACUUGACUAGCCCUUGAUCAUGAYUCUCAGUUCCAUACAUUAACGUUACACAUAAAUCAUUGGACGAAGGCGUAUUCUGUAUGGGGGCGUUUUGUUAAGAGCCCUGACUCUCGGUCURCACAUUAAAAGGCUUUGCAUGGUCAGUCUGCAGUUGCAGUACCGCAUUUACUGCGAUACGGCCUCCGCAGAAGUCAGAGCGAACAUACUUUUUGCCCGGACGACGCUGGGCYAAUUGUGCGCUGCCCAAUGGGACCCMCAAUCACGACCGGUUGUGAUACAGUCUGGAAUCGAACCACGGUCUGUAGUGAUGCCUSUAGYACUGAGAUGCUUUAUGCCACUCGGGAGCCUUUGCAGAGUUGUUUUCAAGGAAUGGCARUACGCUGGGGAAGCCAUGGGAAGCAGAUGCUUGUCAUCAAGCCCACUGGCUUCUAUGACAGGAGGUUUCUGCAAUUAUUAAAAUUCUAUAUCCUGCUUACYGGAAUCCCAGUUGCAGUCUUUGUGACAUCUGUGAAUGUGUUUGUCGGUGAGGCUGAGCUGGCUGAGAUUCCUGAAGGGUAUGCGCCUGAGCAUUGAGAGUAUUACAAGCAUCCUAUCACCAGGUGGAUCUCACGGACCUUCUAUGACUCCCCAGUGAAAGACUAUGAGAAAAUGAUGGCCCUGAUUCAGAUUGAGUCUGAGAAGGGCGAGAUGAGACUGCAACAGUUAGAGGUGCGUAAGCAGAUGAGAACGAAGGGAGAUGGACCCUGGUUCCAGAUUGAGACACUGGACAAGAAUCUGGUCGACUACAGCAUUAAAUCAACGCCUGACAAUUAAACCAACCAGUCCCACCACCCAGUGUAAACUGUCAGCGAUCAGCAGUGGUGGAAAAAGUACUCAAUUGUCAUACUUGAGUAAAAGUAAAGAUACCUUAAUAGAA